UAUUUUUGUCUGAUUUGUAAAAUUACGCAAAACGCGAAUGUCAACGAAUUCGGUCUCUAUGUUUAAUGCAAUAUUUCGCUCAUGAAAUUAUCCCUAAAUUAUGCAAGCGAGAGAUAUUUAUCAGGAAUAUAGGUAAAAGUACCACGCAGUAAGGAAUAUUACAUGAAAAGACAUUCCGCGAAAUCCUGAAGAUGAUGGACGGGCCCGGAUUAGGAUAUUCAUAUCAUCUUCCAUCCGCUGGUUGGAAUCUCAAGGUCAGGAACGCACUGUCACAGUUCAGUGAUCUCUUUAGCGAAUUUAACAAGUACAUCGCGCCUGCUUAUCAUCAUGAUCGGUGCGAGAGAUCCGUGCAGAUGCGAUUGUAUUCGAUGCACAAGAGGGAAUUUGUUAUGGUGUUUGUUGCCUUUUUCGCGUGUUUUGGAUUAGCGGUGUUUAUCGGUCUCGCCGGACCGCCUAUAACGUCGACCAGCGAACAAAAAGCGCAUCUAAAUGGUAGCGAAAUGGCCACUGGUCCAUUCAUCAUGAAGACACCUCUGUUGUCUACGUACAGCCAGCAAUUAUGGGUAAUCGCCAAGCUAUCGACAUCGAAUAAUGAUGACGAAAGAUACGACAAAGGUUUCCAAGUUAGUGUUUCCAUAGACGGUAUCACUGCUGAUCGCAAACUCGUAUCUGUGCUACCUCCGGAAGCUGGACAUAAUCGAACCAGACACCUAAAGUGUGAGAGACAAUCCUGCGAGGAGUUGGUUGUCGCUCAUCUCGGAUUCCUCGAUUAUAGCUACUACAUAAUUACUGUCCGCUUCCAUGGACUCGAGAGCUUCCAUCAGCGAUACACGAUACGAGAACUCACAUUCUACUUUAAGAACUACAAUCCGGCGUUCACGCAAAUCGAAAUCUGGUUUCGAUUGAUCUUCUUAUUAACCACGUUCGGAGUGAUGUGCUGGUUUGGUCAUUCGCUUAGAAAGUAUCCGCUGCACGAUUGGUCGAUAGAGCAAAAGUGGAUCUCUAUACUUCUUCCAUUACUGAUUCUAUACAAUAAUCCGCUAUUUCCCAUGACGUUCUUGGUGAACUCCUGGGUACCGGGUAUGCUGGACGCGAUCCUACAAACGACUUUUCUUUGCGCCAUUCUUAUGUUCUGGCUCUGCGUCUAUCACGGCCUCAGACAGAAUGAGAGACGUCUCAUCACGUUUUACCUGCCCAAGCUCUUAGUAGUAGGUAUGUUAUGGGGUGCAGCACUGACUCUCGCCACGUGGCUUCGUUGCACCGAGCUGGAGGACCCCACUUAUAAUUACGUUCUCGAUACAUCGAAUUAUUAUGGCUUCAAGAUAUUCUUCUUUACAGUUGGUGGCUUCUACAUCGCAUACUUGCUACUUCUUAUAUUGAAGGCAUACAGCGAAUUACGAUCUAUGCCUUACUUUGAUCUUCGUCUACGAUUCCUGACGCUACUCGCUGCGGUGGUCGCGGGGGUUUGCAGUUUGGUCACGGCUCGGCAAUUCGGAGCCGGUGUAUUGGAAGACAGUUUCGCCUCUCGUCUCUCUACUUAUUAUCGCACAUCUGCGCAAUUUAUGGCCCUUUAUGGUCUUCUCAAUUUUUAUCUGUACACCAUGGCGUAUGUUUACGCGCCCGCACUCCAACAGGUCUACGGACAACAUUCAUCGAUAACGAAGGAUAAUCCUGCUUUCUCAAUGUUCAACGAUUCAGAGGAGGAAGUUAUAUAUGGAUCGGAUGAGGACAGUCGGCGACCGCUAACUCGCGUUCCGCGAAAUGCAGAGGACAGUGACUGAGGGCCUUAAAAAAGAAUUUAGUAAUCCCCUACGCUAAGCGUAGGGUAGAUUUGUUAAACAAAGAAAUAAUAAGAGAAGCGACAGAAGUUUCUGUUUCGAUGGAUAUUUCUAGUCUGAUUUGCAGUCGUACUGCCGUCAUUAAAAGCUGCAAAAGAGAAAAACCAAACUGAAUUGUGUAUAAGUAGUUUGUUAAAUAAACAAAUAUUAAUUUUAAAGGAGGAUCUGUCACAGUAUUCAAAAAAGAUACAUACUGUAUAUAAGCUAUAUAUGCUAAUAUGAAUUUAUGUAUCGUGUAUAGAAAUAAGACACAUAAGAAUUGACGGAAGGAAUAUCGAGAGGAAACGAACGGAUGCAGAAAAAAAUUAAAAAAAGGAAUUUAGAAAAUUUUUUAAAUGAUAUCGAUUUUAAGAAUUAUAGACUAAUACUUUUGUAGAGAAAAAGUUCCUCUUAAUUUUUUUUCGAUUUUAUCUUAUUUUUAUAUUAGAGAGAUGAAGCAACCGGCAUCUUCUUUAUCUUGCAAGUAAAUAAAAUGACAGAUAUUAAUUUAUGAUUCGGGACAUUGAAUUUUGUCACAUGCAUUUAUUUAUUCAUAAUUUUCAAAUUGUUUUGAAAUUCUACUUCUAAUUAUCAUCAUAACAUUUCCGAUGACAUUUUUUACCGUAGAUUCAGGAUAUACUUUUCACAAAUUUCAAAAUUACAAUGUACGAUAUAAUGUUCAUUAAAAAAAUAUGAUAAACAUUGAUAAGAGCCCAAUCUCUAUUAUAUUACGUUAUAUAUUCAUAAGAUAUUACCAUAGUUUUUAUACGAAAUGUAAUUAACUAUUUGGUAUGGCAAGAAAGUUUAAUACAAAUAAUAGAGAUA